AUGACUGUAUCAACUAGAAAUGAUACAAAUGAACCACUUGACAUAGAUGUAAACACAACAGCAGCGGAAAACAAAACAAAAAACGAAGAAGUGGAUUACGAUGAAUUAUUAUCAUCAGCCGGUGAAUUUGGUCCAUAUCAAAUACUUUUAUUUUUUUCUACUUUUCCAUUCUACGUGUUCGGAGUUUUUGCAUAUUACACUCAAAUAUUUAUGACUGAUGUAUCGCCAAACCAUUGGUGCUGGAUUCCAGAAUUGCAGAAUUUGACGUCCUAUCAACGUAGAAGUCUCGCAAUACCUCCCGAUAUUGAAAUGCAUUUUGGAUAUUCACAGUGCCGAGCUUAUGUAGCCAAUUGGACUGACGUUAUAAUUACUGGCAAUGUACCAAAUGAAACAUGGGACACGGUACCUUGUCAACACGGGUGGGAGUUUAACAAAAGUGAAAUACCAUAUCCGACAAUAUCAAGUGAGCUUGGAUGGGUGUGCGAUAAGAACAGCUAUCAAGCAACAGCUCAAGCGAUAUUUUUUAUUGGUUCAAUUGCUGGAGGUUUCAUUGUUGGAUGGAUUGCAGAUCGUUAUGGUAGAAUACCAGCCAUUGUCAGCAGUAAUUUACUGGGAUGUAUUGGCGGUACUGCAAGUAUGUUCGCAACAAAUUUUGUUGUUUUCUCUACAUGUAGGUUUAUCACGGGGAUGUCCUAUGAUAAUUGUAUGAUGAUGGCUUACUUAAUAGUUCUAGAGUAUGUUGCGCCAAAAUAUAGAAGUUAUGUAUCGAAUAUGGCAUUUGCUCUCUUUUAUGGUUCAGCUGUAACAGUUUUACCAUGGAUUGUUCUACUUUGUGGACAUUGGAAGACUAUAGCUUUAGCAACAAGUUUGCCGUUGGUCUUAGCCAUUUUGGCUCCAUUUUUCAUACCAGAGAGUCCAAGAUGGUUAUUAUCAAAAGGAAGAAUUGACGAUGCUAUUAAAAAAGUUCUAGCUAUUGGGAGAAUUAACAAGAAAGAGGUUCCGCAGAAGCUAAUAGAGCAGUUUAAAAAUUCAACAAAGAAGAAGACAAACGAAAGAAACGAAAGUAGUCUAGAAAUGUUAAAGAAACCUUUGUUGAGACGCAUGUUCAUUUGUAUUUGUGUGGAGUACAUGUGCUGUACAAUAGUAUUUGACGGUUUAGUGAGAAGCCUGAAACAAUUGGAAUUUGAUUAUUUCCUGACAUUUUCAUUAGUUUCGUUUACUGAGAUUCCGUCUAUGAUUUUGACUGCUUUUGUAAUGGACUGGAUGGGAAGAAGGUGGUUAUCCUCGAUAGUUAUGUUUAUUAGUUUUAUUUUUUCUAUUCUAACAGUUUCAACUAGCGGGGUGACCUCUGUCAUUUUUGCUAUUAUAGCAAGAUUUGCAGUUAAUAUAUCAUACAGUGCUGCUAUGCAGUGGGCUGCAGAAAUGAUGCCGGUUUCAGUACGAGGAUCUGGUGCUUCGAUCGUUCAUAUAUGCGGAUAUGUUGCCACAGUUAUAUCUCCGUACGUCAUUUAUUUAGAAACGUAUAUAUAUUGGCUACCCUUAGUUGUGAUUGGUUGUAUAGCUGGAUUUGGAGGAAUAAUUGCUUUGGCACUACCAGAAACAGCAAGAAAAGACAUGCCGCAAACGUUUGAGGAUGCAGAAGACUUAGUGAGAUCCUUAAGAUUUUGGGAGGUGCCGUUCCUAUCUAAGAAGAAUAAUAGUGAAGGAAAUGUAAAUGAAAGUUUUGAGAUGUGA